AUGGAGUAUCGCCAAGAGCGCAGUGAAGAUGUAGAUGUUUGUACCACUGAAGAAAAUCAUGAAAGUGAUGAUGAUUCUUAUGAAGUAUUGGAUUUAACAGAAUAUGCCAGACGUCAUCACUGGUGGAAUCGUGUGUUUGGCCGGAAUUCAGGACCAAUUGCAGAAAAAUAUUCUGUAGCUACGCAGAUUGUAAUGGGCGGAGUGACUGGCUGGUGUGCGGGAUUUUUGUUCCAGAAAGUCGGAAAGCUUGCAGCAACUGCAGUAGGUGGUGGCUUUCUUCUGCUUCAAAUUGCUAGUCAUAGUGGAUAUGUACAAGUUGACUGGAAGAGAGUUGAAAAAGAUGUAAACAAAGCAAAAAAACAGCUUAAAAAGCGUGCAAAUAAGGCAGCGCCUGAAAUCAAUACUCUAAUUGAAGAGUCGACAGAAUUCAUCAAACAGAACAUCGUGGUGUCCAGCGGGUUCAUUGGAGGCUUUUUGCUAGGCCUUGCGUCGUAAGGACCCGGGUCGCCUCUUGGUGAAGACGUUGCCGCCUGCGAGGAGCGGCUGCCGUGGGGCGCUGCCAUAGAGCAACCGGGCUCACUGGGCCCCAUGGAGCCGGGCGAACGGACUAGCUAGGCACUUGGGAAGCUUUUCCAUUUUAGGCUUUUGCCUUUUGAAGCUUGGCAAAACUAGGAUUUGCUCAAAAACUGUGCAGUGUGCUCAUUAUAGCAUUUCUGGGCAAAACUGUUUCACCUUCAUCAUGCCUCUUUCUACCUAUGACCAUUCAAGAUCUAGCAUUUGAAAAUGUUAUUCUUGGAAAAUAGAUAAGUAACCAUAUUACAAAAAGGAAAACACAAUUCUCUGUU